AUGACCGCUAGCUUGAACAGCCAAGCACCCUCCAACGGCUUGUCCGCAUCCUCUUCCGCGAACCAUCCAGGCCACCACCAUCACCAAUACCAACACCACUCGUCCCAUUUCUCGGAUCACACCCAGCGUCAGCAUUCACCAUCUUCAGGGAGCUCUGCGCAUGCUUCUUCGUCAAGGCAUACCCUCGACCUAGCACAUCUUCCUCCCGCAUCCAAGCAGCAGAGGUCAGACACAUCAACAGCACUCUCCUCAGCGUCGCUCUCUUCAGCCACCAGGCGUGGUCCGUCGGCCGGCUCGCUUCCAUCCUCACCAGCCUCGGCGGCGCCAAUCGACGACGACGACGACCUGGAUCUACAGUCCCAGUCAGCGCAAUUCCACUUGCACAACUCACAGGAAGGCUUGCAUCUCGCCAGUCACAUCGACCAUCCCAACACCUCGGCGAUGGCCACUCUGACUGUCAAUACACCUCCCGCCGUUCUUCAAUCUGACCCAAUGCUGCAAGUGCGCUCCACCAACAGUCCCCUUCACAAGCCGAUCGCAUCCUUCCACCAGCACCAUCGCACUCCUUCGCCACCUCCGCCGCCCGCACCGUAUACCCAGCCUCCAGUCACGUCAGAUCUAUCCAACGUUACUGCCGGCGACGGCUGGUCUAUCGUCCCAAAGUGCGCAAGAGUCAACCCCGCAGCUUCGCCCGCGGCUACUGUGCCUGCCAGCGAGUCUACGGCAUCGACUGCUCAGCAGCCAACCACAGCAGACACUGUCGGUCUCGGUCAGAGCGCCUAUGCGCAUGCAGCCAACGAUGCGUCCAAUCGUCGAUGUGGACCUGCCGACUUGGCCUCGAGCUACGAUGUGCCAUUCGGGGAGAGAGCGUCGCCCGCCAUCAUCUCGCUCGCUCAGCGUAACGCGAGGUCCCUGAGCCGUAACGGCACCAAUCCACCCAGCCCGUUGGCAUUGUCACCUGCCAUGGCAACUCAAGCGCUCAACCCGUCAGGUGCGCAUCGAGGCGGUCUUCGCGGAUCCGAUGAGGACGUCGAAGUCAUCGAGAAAGACGUCGCCAUGGACAACACCGACCACAGCUGCGCUUCCACCGGCGCAACCCCGCUCGUGCCUCCAGCCACCCGCAAGCUUUGUGUACGACAUCAGCGCAUGGCUGAUGAGGGCACCACUGCCCGUCUACAGAAGUCAAUCGAAAGCCUUCCUCUGGCCGAUCAGACGGCCGUCAACACGGUCUGGUCGCUCUUCUCUUCCUCAUCGCACUCGAGGAGAGCUCUCAUCCUGCAAGGCAUUCUCACCAUGUGCUGCUUCAGCCAGCUGUCGCUAUUGUCCUCCGAGCUGGCGUUGGCGAUCCGCAUCGACCCAUUCUCGCUGUUCCCACGAGAGGUCUCGCUCAAGGUGCUCGGUCACCUCGAUGCCAUGAGUCUCGGCAGAGCAGCACAGGUCAGUCGAUCGUGGAAGCAGCUCGCCGACGAUGAUCUGCUCUGGCGCAACAUGUGCGAGCAGCACAUCGAGCGCAAGUGCGAAAAGUGCGGAUGGGGUCUUCCCCUGCUCAGCGAGCGUCGACGUCGUGUGCCUGGCCCUGCCGUGCAGCUCGGCACACCCGAGUCGCGCGACCUCAGCUCCGACGGCUCUGGAAGCACGCCUGGCUCGCUCAAGCGAACCAUCACUGCCGCUGCCAACGCUGCUGCUCUCGAGAAGCAGUCGCGUUCGCGAGCCUCGAGUCCCACGCCUUCCAGUGGUCGCAACCAUUCGCGUUCGGUCUCGGGCCACCGUGAUCUGCGCAUGGACACCAUCUCCGAGCUGCGUGACCGCGACGCACCGCCUUCCAAGAAACAGCGCAGCGGCCUCAACGGCGAAGCAACCGCCUGCAGCACUUCCUCCGGCAGUGUUCCCAAGACGCGCCCGUGGAAGUCGGUCUACUGUGAACGACUGGCUAUCGAGCGCAAUUGGCGCCGCGGCAGAUACACGUCGCGUACCCUCACGGGCCAUACGGACGGUAUCAUGUGUCUCCAGUUCAACGAGAAUCUGGCUCACCCUGCUUUCCCAGUCGUCAUCACGGGCAGCUACGAUCGCACCGCACGCAUCUGGAACCUCGAGACGGGCGAGAUGCUGCGCGUGCUCGAGGGCCACACCCGAGGCGUGCGCUGUCUUCAGUUCGACGAAGCCAAGCUCAUCACCGGCUCCAUGGACCGAACCCUCAAGAUCUGGAACUGGAGGACGGGGGCGCUGAUGCGCACGCUCGAGGGUCACACGGAAGGCAUUGUCUGUCUUCACUUCAACGAGGACACGCUCGCCAGUGGCAGUGCCGAUAGCAACAUUAAGAUCUGGAACUUCCGCACCGGCGAGUGCUACACGCUGCGAGGGCACCGAGACUGGGUCAACGCAGUGACGCUCUGGACGGGACCCGCGGCCAAGAAGCGCCAGCAGCGUUUGCGUGAGGCGUUGCGGGACGGUCGCCCUGCGACCUCCAUCAAGGAAGAGGACCCUACUGCAGCGGGCACGUUCCUGUUCUCGGCGUCGGACGACGGUUCAAUUCGGCUGUGGGACCUGGGUCUGCGCGACUGCCUGCUGACUUUCGAGGGUCAUGUUGGGCAGGUGCAGAGUCUCAAGCUGGUCAUGAUGGACGACGAGGCGGUGCGAAAGCUUGUUGGUGGGGCGGCUGGCGGGGCCGAUGGUGAAGCCUCUCAUCAGCAGCAGCGCCAGGCUGGCUCUCAUCGUGCAGCGUCCCGUGCCAAUGGCGAAGAUGAGCCGGUUGCCGCACCCCAGGAUGGCGACCAGGACAUGCUCUCUGUGGAAGAUCAAGAGUCGUACUUCCUCGGUGAUGCGAGCCUGUCGCCUUCCCGACGCCAGUCUGGAGCAGGCCUAGCUUCGUCUCCUCCGGCCGAAGCAGCGACGAGCAGCAGCGGUGUCACUCGGGUCGGCGCUGCACGUCGCUCGUCCAACAACACCACCGACAUUCCCGAGCGAUUCUACCACGCUGGGUCAGCCCCCACCUCAACCAUCCCUGCCUCCCGCCGUUCCGCGUCCACCUCCACCUCCGCCACUCGGGAGCAACGCCGUCGACGAAUCGACAAGCACCUCCUCCGGGUGCAAGAGCGUCUCUGCUCCGCUGGCCUUGUCGACCCACUCCCUCUCGACGCCGAGAUGGGCGAUUUGGACCCGACGAUCCUCCCUCACCGUCCCACCCGCCCCGACUCGCCUUCGCGGAAGGAACACCGCAAGCCGCGUCCCGUGCUGAUCAGCGGCUCGCUCGACAACACGCUCAAGAUCUGGGACGUCCGCACCGGCCGCUGCAUCCGCACGCUCUUCGGCCACGUCGAAGGCGUCUGGUCGCUCGACGUGGACAAGCUUCGCAUCGCCAGCGCGAGCCACGAUCGAACGAUCAAGAUCUGGGAUCGCGACACGGGCUACUGCCAGAACACGCUGGUGGGGCAUAAAGGUGCGGUGACGUGCGUGAGUCUCAGUGACGACAAGAUUGUCAGUGGGUCGGAUGAUGGUGAUAUUAAGGUAUGGAGCUUUGCUGCUGGUGCGCAGGGGGCGGCCGGGGUGGCUGCGGGGACGGGGCCAGGGACCAGUAAGCUCGCCCAAGUCAGUGGUGUAGGGGAGAUGGAGUUGGGUGGGCCGGCGCCGUCGGCAUAG